AUGGACCAGGAUGCCUGCCUUUUUCAGAUGUUCUUCAACCCUUCUUUCUCCAUUAUGGAGUCAGCCAUGUUGCUGGCCAUGUCUGUGCAUGGAUUUGUGGCCAUCUAUAACCCACUGCACUAUACAGCCAUCCUCACCCUGCCCUGUAUCUUUGGCACAGGAACUAUCAUGAGGCUGAAAAGCAUUAUUCUCAUGGGCCCGUUGCCCAUGCUGUUAAGGUACCUGCCCUUCUGUGGCCAUAAUGUCCUCUCCCAUUCCUACUGCCUCCACCCCAACCUUAUCCAUCUACCUUGUGGGGAUGUUUCUAUCAACAAUAUCUAUGGGCUUUUCAUUGUUACCUCUACUUUUGGGCUGGAUUCACUGCUUAUUGUGGUCUCCUGUGGGCUCAUACUCCACACUGUAGUGAGUAUCACCACUGGGGAGGGGCGGAGGAAGGCACUCAACACAUGUGGAUCACGUAUCUGUGCUGUGCUUGCUUACUAUGUGCCUAUGAUUGGUUUAUCUAUGGUGCAUCGCUUUGGACUCCACAUGUCCCCUUUGGUGCAUGCUAUGAUGGCCAAUGCUUAUCUCUUUUUCCCACCUGUUAUCAACCCCAUUGUCUACAGCAUUAAGACCAAAGAGAUCCAUCAUAGCAUUGUCUGA